AUUGUUUUCAGACGAAAGAUUACUUAGAAGAGUUGGUAGAUAAGGUGAACGCAGGCCGUCCCGUGUGUCCUGUGGGUCUGAAUACCCUGGUGAUACCGCGCAAGUCCGGCCUUGACAAUGAGAAGCAACAGCCUUACGUCUACCUGAACUGUGGCCAUGUGCAAGGCCACCACAGCUGGGGGCAGGAGAAGGACUCCAACGAACGUUGCUGUCCCAUGUGCUUGAAGCGUGGCAGAGUUGCCAAACUGUCGAUGGGUUUGGAGCCAGCAUUUUAUGUAGAUUCAGGCCCUCCAACGCUCUUCGCUUUCAAUCCUUGUGGUCACAUGGCCACUGAAAAAACCGUCAAAUAUUGGACCAGUGUUCUGAUUCCACAUGGUACGAACGGUUUCAACAUAUUCUGCCCAUUUUGUGCCACGCUUCUGGAAGGAUAUCCUGGCUAUAUUCGUCUGAUAUUUAACUGAAUAGUUAGUGAGCUGAAUGAAACUUUAGGAAAUUUUAUGAAAUCUAACAAAUGAACAUGGUGUAAAUAUAGUAUGUAAUAUUGUUUUUGGUACCGCGCUGGACAGCUGAAACAUGUCUGAUUAUUAGGUUUUAUGUAUGUGUUGGGUCAACGCUUAGUGUGUGUGUCUGAGUUGGCUAAAGACGCGAGUGUUUGAAUUCUGUGAUGAAUUGUUCAUGUGAUCUCUAUCUCAUUCGCUUUAUGCAAUUCUUCAAUUUCAACUUAUUUAUUUCUAGUUCGAUCACUUAAAUCACAGAUUGACUAAUUAGUAAUAACAUUUAAUAUCGAUAUGAACAUUAUUUUUUGUAUCAUUUUAGUAUUUGAAACAUAUAUGAACUUCUACCUUGAUGACUGCUGCAAAAAAAUUUUAUCUUUUGUACAAUACUUGGUUUUCCUCUUUAAAAUAUGUUUAACGUUGCUUGGAAAUACCUUAGUCUCAAAAUAUUCUAUCAAAACUGAAUUAUUCCUUAUUUGAGGUAGAUUCUUUCAGCCCAUAUUAACUUGACUUAGUGGUUCUGUAGAAUUGUUCUUUUUCAUUGGUACUAGAAAAAUAAUAAGUUUCUGUGUUCCAAUAAGAGGAAACAAAAUGAUUUUUAAAAGAUAAAUUAUGGAACUUAACUCUUCUAUUUUAUCAUUUGACUAAUUUACGUUUUAUAUUUUCUCUUCUUGCCAUGAAUACUGGAAGGUCAAUUCCACUUUCGUAUGUUGUAUAGAUGUGAAUUUCAGAUAUUUUUAUGUAAUAAAUUAUCACUUGAAUGUGAAAUGAAAAAAAAAUGUUCUUCUAUGUGGACUUUAAUAAGAAUAGCUUCAAAGCAGCAGCUUUCAUCAGUUUCAUUGUAAAAUCAUUUUUAUAUUCGUGUUCUUUAAAAACUUAGUCAUUGAACACUUCUAGAUUACAAAGUACAAAAGUUAUUUUGUUUUGAAAAGCAGCUUCGAAUCUAUGAAAUCUACGAUUUCUCUGAACUAUUUCUUACAUUUAUAUCUUAGUUACUGUACGGUACCAGUCCAAAUUUAAGCAUCUCUCUAUGGUAUUUAUUUAUUUAAUCAUUCAGAAUUACACAACUUACAGAAUAGUACCACAGGCUCACUCCCAAAACGGUUCCAAUUCUUAUUCAUACAACAGUCCAAAUGUAUCUAGGUUAUGUUUCACUUCAACAUUCUUCAGUUACACACUCAAUUUACAAUGGUAUCGCAUGCUAAACUGUAGGAUUCAAUGAAUCAUAUUUCUUGUUGAAUAGUAAUUAAAAUAAUGAAACAUAAAGAUAAUUGCAAAGCUGUUUCCAUUUGUGGAAUGAAAUUUCCAAUUUUUGAUUUUUCGGGACAUCACUGCUCAUACAAUGAGUUCAUUUCUUCUGACCUCAAUUUUCCUAUAGGAGUAAGUUGAGGACGGAAUAAAUGAAGUAUGGCGACGUUGCUCACAAAACUCAAGGAAUGGAAACAGCUUUACUAAAUUAUCGUUCAGCAAGAAUUGUGACUCCUUGAAUCCUACCGUUUGGCCUGUCAUACCAAUAAACGCCGUUUGCACAGUGCCAGUUCUGCUAAUCCAACUGGAUUAAAUCCAUAUUAAAUCGCAUUUGUUAUAAUUCAAUUUGAGAUAAAACCACCAGCUGAUUCAAUUCAGUUUGAGCGUUCACUGUGCAAACAGCUCCAAGGGUGCGAACAGAACUAUUGGGUAGCAGUUUAGCUUUCAGUUUCUAUCGAUGUAAUUGAUCAUCAACUGGCAAUGAUGAAAAUAAUGUCAUCAAACUGAACAUCGAUGGAGACUUGACCGUUCUGUUUAUUAGCUUGCUUUACAAUGUGUUCGUGUUACACAAAAGUCGAUCGCGAGCGUUACCUAAACUGAAAGUUUGUACCCUGAAGGUGCGAACAGAACAAGUAAGUCGCAGUGAAGAAUGAUGCCAGUGAACAGCUGCGCAAUAAUGAAAGCAUUUGUAGUCAUUGACAUUAUAUUAUAAUAGAUAUAGAUAUAGAACUUUGAUAGCGAGCUGAAAUCUGCAUAUCGCACCUUAAGGGUACUAACAGAAUGAGUAAGUCGCGGUGUCUAUUUCGGUUUCGAUCGAUAUCACUAUCGAUCAAGUUUAUUUAUUUAUGGAGAUGACAGGUAGAAGCCCAUUUUUCCUCCUUAACACAAUACAAUAAUGUUCAAUAACACGAAAUAUAGAGCCAAUUUUGGAAAAUAAAAUCAGAUGAAAAAUAGAAGAAAUAUACAUUGAUAAUAAUUAUAUAAAAGAAAAACAGUAACUGAAUUUAAUAUGAAAGAUGAAAAAUAAUAAACCAAUGCACAAUAAUAGUUUAGUAAAUUAUAAUCAUCACUAGUAUUAAAGACAAACGAAAGGAAUGUCUGUGUGAUGUACUACCACUUAUAUGAGGAUAGUUGAAAAAUUUAAUCACAAAUCACGAAUGAUUGACCACAUAUUACUCGUCUAAAUCAUAUGAACUCAUUAUGAAUUUGGAAGGGGAGAACCAGAAGAUGUCUAAGAGCUCCGAACAACUAUUGAAAAUCUUUGAGCUCUAUUUGAAGGGAAAUUAUAAUGGUUUACCGUUCUGGAACGAGAAAUAUGAAAUGAAGAUCCAGAACUUCGAGCAAUGGUGUUUAUGUAGGUAUAUGUUAAUUUUAGAAAGCAGGUAGGAAAAUCAAGUCUUUUAUUCAACAAAUUGUACAGAAAAACACGUAAUCUAACAUCACGUCUUGCUUUCAGUGAUCUAAUAUUGAAAAUUUUUGUAAGGGAAUUGAUUAGGUGAUCAAAGGGACAGAAAGCUCUGUACCUUAUUAUAAUAGAUGCAUCUCAAUAGUUAUUUGUAUAUCUAGAGUGAAAAGUACUGUUUUUUCUCUCUGAGGGAAAAGUUUGAAGCCCGAGGCGAAGCCGAGGGCAACAAUUUUCCUGAGGGAGAAAAAACGUUUUUCACAACAUUUUUCCUCCACCUACAUUUUUAUAAAAACUGCAAAAAAAAAAAUUUAUAAAAACGUACUUUAAAAACAAACAAUGUGUUACAACAUAUCUAAAAAGUAAACAGAAACAGCUGGCUUGUAACACAGUUCUCCGCUGACAGCGCUAUGCGCUAUCUGUCAGCAAAAGUUGUAACAACAAUGGCCGCCACAACUACAGCUAUGAUGAAGUUUCCGUUUCAAAUUUGAUUUGUUAAUGAGGAAUAUUCGUUGGCUGGUAUUUUGAAUAACAUGGAUAAAAAAUUAUACAUUUUUUUAGUAUAGUGAUAUGAAGCUUGUAAUAAUUUUAGCAUACAAAUAUAAAUUUCAUAUAUUUAUCAAAUGUCUGGUUGAGGUAUUGAAUUUAGUUGGUUUAAUGACUACUCUAUAUGCUUCCUCAUCUGAGCUUAGACCUUUUAAACUAUUUCAAAUGUACGUUUUUAAAAUAGAGAUGCUUCCCAUGUUAUUUAAAUGGAGUUACUUUUACGGUCUAGGGAGUUUUCCUGGUUUUUCCUCCCGAGAGCGAAAAAGUGACACUUUAGUAUUAUGUUCCAGGGAGUAAAGUAAGCUCUUUAGACAGGAGGUGGAGGAAAAAGUUUUUUGUAAACGUUCUAGAAAGUAAAUCUCAUUAUGAUAAAAACAUUAGAAUGUCAUUGUGGUAAACAGAAAUCGAGACGUAACCGUACUGUUCAUCCCUAUGCUUUGCAAUGUGUUUGUGUUACAUGAAGAUCGAUCGCGAUACCGACUUACACUGAAAGCUGAAUUGACCUGACCCUUCUGUUCGUACCCUAGGCUAGCAUAAUAAAUUAUCGCGACCAACACUGAAAGCUAAAUAUCGAUCUGACUGUUCUGUUCGUAUCCUAAGAAAUGCUUAAAUUUGGACUUCUAUCAGUUCAGUGACUAAGAUAUAAAUGUAAGAUACAAUUUCAAUUCAAAAUUCAUGGCAUAUUUCAUAGCUUGAUUAAAACUUGGAAUCUAAGAAUAAAUUGUGCUUGUCAAUAUACUAAAUAGCAAUUAUCACUUUGAUUUCUUUGAAGUCUGAUUCUUUAUUGAACUUAUUGUAGAUUGACAUUGAACUUUUUACCAUUUGAUAUUACAUUAUAAGUAGUGAAGCGAAUUAUGCCCUAGUCUCAUGAGUUUAUUAAACACCUUAACGAACACAUUUCAACAUUUUUAACAAAGUAUGUUCGUGAAAUCAAAUAUCUAAAAUAAAUAUUUCACUUUUAAGAGUUUUAUCAUCAUACCUUGGAAGCUAGAAUAUUUCUCACUUUACUCGGAAUGCAUUCUCAGUUUACUAUUUGAAGAAAAUCGCAUUCUCAAAUAUAUCUUAUAUGUAAUCUAAAAUUCAUUCAAUAUUUCUGAUUCUAAAAAAAUUUAACAAAAUUUUCACAAUACUCUGUACAAUAGUAGGAAAACUCGUGUGAGUCAAUAAGCUGUUGUAUUUUAAUCCUAUGUUUCAGAGUUAUGCGUUUACAUUCUAUCCUAGGCUAUGUUUAACGACAAAGGUUGAUUAGAUUUAAAAUCAAUGUAAAUUCAAGCAUUCAAAAUGAACAGAAAAGACUGCUGGCUAUAAUAUUGUAACCUUAGACAAAUGAUAUUUCUUUGUAGGUUUAUUCCAUUAUGUAAUAAAUUCUAGAUUUGUUGCAAUUUGAGUGUGAGUAAUGAGUAUGCUGGCGUUACCUCUGAUUUUCAACAUUUCAUAUGCUCCCAAUAAUGACAGCAUGUAUUGACAUGCCUUAAUCUAAUGUUUUAUAGUGUACAGUCAUUAAGAAAGGAUAAACUUGAAGUAGAAUCUUGUAAGAAUUUAAUAUUGUAAAUAAUGAUUAAUAUGGCGUUUGUGUGCUUUCAAGUAGCAAAUGAUGAGAUAUUUAGGCUUGUAAAGAAUCUGUAACCAAUCGUUAGUUUUGUUGAAGUAUAAUUAGUAUGGAUUAUGAAGAUUUCACUCAAGUACAAAUUGAGGUCAUAGAUUUUAUUGCAAAUCUCCUGAUUUUUACUUGGAAAGGACGUACCAACUUGUACAUCCUAGUGCCUUCGGAUUCACUGAAAAGUGUUUGGGAAUAAUUUUUGUGUUUCAAGACAAACCCAUUAUUUAUACCGAUAAUUAAAAAUAUCAUUAGAUUAUCAGAGUAGGCGGUACCAGUAAAUCUAUGUAGAGUAUGACAGUCUGACCGCACUUUAAAAUAGGCUACUCUAUUGAGAAAUCACAUUUAAACAAUGUUUCAUUUUUUUACUGCAAAUCCAACAUUAACUGAUUUCUUACAAUAAGUAAAAUCACAAUUUUUGUAAUAAGUCUCCAUUAAGACUUGAUAUUUCAAGAUAAAUUCUGUGAUGUCAGAUCUAGGCUCGAAUCACGCAGUAGGCUUGGACUUUUCAUCACACAUAACCAUUACCCACGUACAAGCUAAAAGCUCAUGUGGGCAACAUCCACAAUAAUACUAUAUAAAAAAGUAAUACUUUUCUUUGGCAUCAAAAUUUUGGUUCGCUAUAUUGAAGCCAAUUACAUUUUUUAAAUGAGAAGGUAGUGUUCUGAUACAUGAUUUCUAUUUAUAAUUUCAAGAAAAUUAAUGGUGAAAACCGCAUUUUGAUUUCUCAAAGCGUUACAAAGAUAUUCGCAUUUAAAGAUACUAAUAAAUCAUACAAAACGUGAAUAAUACAAAUACAAUAAAACCGUGUGGUUUGACUGUCCAACUCUAUGAAAAUAGAAGAAAAUUCAGUCGAAUGAUAAGCAUUAUACGAUAACUAUAAAUCUAAUUAAAGAGGCUUGCAUUUAGUUAUUCAUCACCGGCUGCAAAAAACCGAAUCCUGUGAUCCUUGAGCAUUCAAAAAGUUUUGAGUUUCAAAAUACAUUUACAUAAUUUCAUUCAAAAUAUUAAAUCUUACUAAUUUUCCAAUCGAAGAAUUUCAAUGAAAAUAAAUAGUCCAAUUCAAUUUAUUGUGAAACUACGGAAUCACAUUGAAAAUGACCAAUCCAUUGUAAGAGUCAACGAUUCUAUUAAAAAUGUAUUGUCUUGCAAAUUAAUGUUGCCCCACAAGUAGUGAAAUCAAUGCAUUUUUGUAGAUUUUUUGCAAUAAAUUUGAUUAAUUUUCUAAUACAUCAUUUUUUUAUAAUGUUUUCAUUUCUGUAGAGAAAAUAGAGAAUUCUUUUUCGAAAUUAUAGUUAAAUGUACUUACUUGACUUCCUGGCGCUACAGCCCGAAAUGGGCUUUGGCCUCCUCUACAAUUUGCCUCCAAGUUUCUCUGUCUCCUGCCUUUCUUCUCCAACCUCUCACUCCCAUCGCUCUCCACAUCCUGCAUCCCUUGAACCCUCUGCCUCCCUCUUCUCCUUACAGCCUCCAAUUUCUUAAACUCGAGGCAUUUCUUUUUGCAUUCGUUCUUCAGUCUUUCUUUCUACAUGGCCACCCAGCUUACCUUGCCUUGAAGAAUCGGAGAAUAUUUCAACUUUGCAAUUUUUUUUAUAUCAUUUACUUUUAAAUUGAGGGUAGGCUAUGAUGUAAAGAUUUCAUCAUUUCGUAUUUUAUUUUCUGAGGAAAAUUACUAAAGUGGGAAUUUCUAAUAUCUAUCAUCUCACAUGAAUCUAAAAUUCCUUAAUGACUGCAAAUUUGAUACAUAAAUUCAUUUAUUUAUCAUUUACAAUCAACUUAAGGACAAAGAAACAGACUACAGUCCAAAACUUCUUUUCAUCCCAAUUUCAUAAAAUAAACUAUUUCAUAAAAUUGAACUACCGUAUUACAUUUCUUUUCAUUCUCGAGGUUUUAUCAAUUGCAGAAAUACACUGUAUAUUCUUUGGUCUUUCAUACACUGAUGUAAAGUAGGAAGCAAUAGCUACACUAACUUUUUAUUUUGUGCAAUUUGCUCAAAAACUUAUUUGAUUAUGAACCAAUAAAAAAUCGUUUAUAACAAUUCAAUCUCAAUUUUUUCCUCUAAGCCUUAGGCCUAGCACUCAUAUUUUGCUACUUAGCCAGUGUGAUAAAGUACUCUUUACUAAAUUGCCAAUAAACUCGUUUGAAAAUGAUAGGAAAAUAUUUUAUCAGUUGAAUGAUUUCUCACAGAUUUUUACGGAUCUCAUAUGAAUGUAUUUUAUACAACUCUUAUCAUUACCGUAGUAGGUUCAAAUUAAUCCGUGUCACUUAUUAAAUCAAUUAUAGAGUCGUAAGUUACAUUUAUUUAUUACUUAAAAAAGUAGAUCGAACAUUUCAAACAUGACUAGCUGAAUGUUUGUAAAUAAAAGCUCAUAGAAUUGAUUUUAUAGAUGAGAAAUUUGAGACAGAGUCAAGCUCAUGUAUUAUAUUGUGUUUUGUUGUUAUAGUGUGUAACAAUUAUUAUGUUGCUGGUUUAAAGAUUUGGUAGAAUAAUAAUUGAAGCGAGUUCUAUUGCAAUAGGCUAUGUACAUUUACAAUGGUGUGCGUGCAUGAGAGAGAGUUUUAUCAUCCAUGUAUGAAAACGAAUCUUGUAAUAGUAUAAAUAAAUCAGCAUACAUUUAUUUAUUCAUA